CUUGUGAACCUCACCAGCUCCCAUACUUCCAAUUGCCUCAGCCGGCUGAGCACCCCUUCCAUUUUCCUCCCGCGUUGGCGUCUUGCCGCUUGCCCCAGCCAAUUUUCUCUGGACUGUCCGGAGCCCGGCCAGGCCCGCUCUCCUCCCCAGACUUCUGGGGGCUUUUUCCCACUCUCGACCGGCUACAGGAAGCAUCAUUUUAAAAUGUCUGACAACGAGAGCAGCGCAGAUAGCCCACAAAGAAGCCUGCUGAAUAGCCCCGAGGAGCAGUCCGAAAUGGACGCCAGGAGAGAGACAUCUUCAGACACGGAGCUGAGCUUGAAUUUGCCCGGAGAUGGCGGCAUCCUCAGCCAGGUCGGCCCAGAAGACGAAGGCACAGACGCAGACGUUUCGGGUGAAUACAUCAACUUUGAAGGCACGGAAGAUUCUGACCAAUUCUUCGUCUGUGAGGAAAACCUGUCCCCUUACCGCCCAGAAGGAGAGGAGGCGCGAGGCGCGGAAGCGGAGGAGAGAGGAGCGGCAGAAGAACAGCCGCAGGUACAGUGCAAUGAGGCUAAUUAUGAUCAGUAUUUAUCAGAUGAGGAUCGGGCCCUGGAGGAGUGGGUGACCUCCGAAACAUCUACCCUGCCCCGCCCUCGCUGGCAAAUCGUUUCCGCUCUUCGAGAGCGGCAGCUGGGUUCCAGUGCCCGCUUCGUAUAUGAGGCCUGUGGGGCAAGGCUGUUUGUGCAGCGUUUCCACCUGCUCCAUGAGCUUGAAGGCCACCAUGGUUGUGUCAAUACUGUGCACUUUAAUCAGCGUGGCACCUGGCUGGCCAGUAGCAGCGACGACCUUAAAGUGAUAGUGUGGGACUGGGUGCGUAAGCACCCAGUACUGGAGUUUAUGAGUGGCCACAAAAAUAAUGUCUUUCAAGCCAAGUUCCUUCCCAAUUGUGGUGAUUCCACCUUGGCGAUGUGUGCCCGUGAUGGGCAGGUACGCAUAGCGGAGCUAUCUGCUAUACCACACUGUAAGAAUACUAAGCGCGUGGCCCAGCAUAGGGGAGCCUCCCACAAGCUGGCUCUGGAGCCAGACUCCCCUUUUAAGUUCCUAACUUCGGGCGAAGACGCAGUUGUUUUCGCCAUUGACCUCAGACAAGGCCGGCCAGCUUCCAGAGUGGUGGUAACCAAAGAGAGGGAGAAGAAAGUGGGGCUGUAUACAAUCCAUGUGAAUCCUGCCAAUACUUACCAGUUUGCAGUGGGAGGAAGAGAUCAGUUCGUAAGAAUUUAUGACCAGAGGAAGAUUGAUGAGAAUGAGAAUAAUGGGGUACUCAAAAAAUUCUGUCCCCAUCACCUAGUCAAUUGUGAGUCCAAAGCAAACAUCACCUGCCUGGUGUACAGCCAUGAUGGCACAGAGCUCCUGGCCAGUUAUAAUGAUGAAGAUAUUUAUCUCUUCAACUCCUCUGAUGGAGAUGGAGCCCAGUAUGUUAAGAAAUACAAGGGGCACAGAAAUAAUGCCACGAUCAAAGGCGUCAAUUUCUAUGGCCCCAGAAGUGAGUUUGUGGUGAGUGGCAGUGAUUGUGGCCACAUCUUCCUCUGGGAAAAAUCAUCCUGCCAGAUCGUUCAGUUCAUGGAGGGGGACAAGGGAGGCACCAUAAACUGUCUUGAACCCCAUCCUUACCUACCUGUGAUGGCGACCAGUGGCCUUGAUCAUAAUGCCAAGAUCUGGGCACCCACAGCUGAAGCUACCACUGAGCUGACUGGGUUAAAGAAUAUGAUUAAGAGAAACAAGCAAGAACGGGAUGAAGAUCGCAUGCACCACACCGACCUUUUUGACAGCCACAUGCUUUGGUUCCUGAUGCGUCACCUAACACAGAGAGGUCAUCACCAGCGCCAGAGAGCUCCUGGAGUUGGAGUCAUGGAUGCAGAGUCCGAUGAGUCUUCCACUACUUCCAGUUCAUCUGAGGAGGAAGAGAACCAAGACCAUGUGCAGUGCCUACCGUCCUGAAUGCCUCAUGCCUGUUCCAGCUAGCUGUCACUUCAGUAGGCUGGACUUUAAGUUUAAAAUUCAGUUUAACUAAUAAGUUUGUUUUUGUCUUCUAUCUAGUUUCCAUAAUAAAAACUAUCUCUUCCAUCUCUUUACUCUCCCUUCUUUUACAUUCUUCCUCUCCCAUUCCUUUCCUCUCCCUUGGUUUCUUUACUCCUCUCUCUUUACCCAUUAUAUCUCUGUAAGACAAUAUGUAAGGUUUUUUAAUUUGGUGUUUUUUUUUUUUUUAACCUCUUUUCAUUUAUUUUCCAUAGGGGGAAAAAAUCCCAUUUUCCUAUGGCUCAGCUCUUAUAGCUGACUUCUAAAGGUUUCUAGUUCUGGUGAAAAAAAAUUAAUAGCCUUAUUGAAUCUUUCUUUUCAUUUCUGACACCCUGAAAACUAUCACCUUUUUUUCAUCUUUAGCAGUUUAAAGUUAAUUUCUCUAAUUGACUUGAAAAUUUCAGAAAUGUGUUUAUUCUUUAAAAGUAAAGUAAAAUAAAGCAAACCAUGGUCUUGUUCCUUGAAUGCGGACACUUGGCCAUACACACACACCCACGCACACACACACAGACUCUCUCUCACUGCCUCUCAAAAGGAAAAGAAGGGAAGGGGUGCAUAAUACCAACAGGAUAAUUCAUGCUUCUUGAAUAAUUAGAGAUUGUUGACAUUUUCUGAAUCCGUAUAUUAAUAUUGAUUAAUUUGAGCAGACAGAGACUGGUAAAAAUUAAACCACUCUCAAUUCUCUUGAAGUUUCAUGGCAAGAACUCACAGGACUGCCUUCCAGGAAGUCCUCUUGGGACAACCAUCAGGGAUAUAGGAAUUCCUAAUAUUUGAGAAUAUAUAUUUGAACUGACUUUAAGAAUGACUUAGUGUUGCAAUAAAGAGUUGUUUAUCCUUCUAGAUAACUGAUACCAUUGGAAAAAAUUCCCAUUAGACAUCCAUGUAUUGCUAAAAAUUCUCUUCACCUGCUUAUAAAAGGUUAAAUUAGUUUUAAAAAAAACUUUGUUUUAAACCGUAUUUAAUGUAAAUUUUGUGUGCUG